UGCUCUUCUGUAUGCCACUCCCCCACUCCUUUUUAAAUCUCCAUCGCUCUUUCUCACACAUCACACACACACACUACUUCACCUUCUAAUUCUCUCUACUUCCUCUCCAUCAUUCACCUUCUACUGCGUGUUUUUCAGUAUCUGGGCUGGAUUGAAAUCAAGAAGACUACGUCCUCUUCAGUUUGAUUUCUGCAAAUUAACCCUAAAUUCCAGAAUUUAUAGAUACCCCACUGCUUAUUACAGAGUGAUUUUUUUUUUUCUCUGGUGAGCUUCAGUAAAGUAGUAGCUCUCUACUCUUUACUGAUUCUCACUCACUUCUCACUUCCAUGGAAGAACUGCAACCCAUGGUGAAGUUCACGGAACGCGUGGUCACAACUAAUAAGCCCAUCAGCCACCGGAGACCCGCCGCUGCCCCUGGACUCAGAUGGAAAGUUGUCAGACUAGUUCUGACCGACGCCGACGCCACCGACUCCUCCGACGAUGAAUCGGACUGCGCGGGUCUUUUCGUUCACAGAGUCAGGAGACAUGUGGAGGAGAUCAAGUUCAAGGAUUGUUCGGGGGAGCUGCCGAGACGAGACGGCCAUGAUGACAAGAAGAGGAGAUGGAAUUCGCCGUCGAACGACGUGUCCCGUCGGAAGAAGUUCCGGGGCGUUAGACAGCGGCCGUGGGGGAGAUGGGCCGCCGAGAUCCGAGACCCGACCCGGGGAAAACGGGUCUGGCUCGGGACGUACGACACCCCAGAAGAAGCUGCCGCAGUAUACGAUAGAGCCGCCGUUAAACUGAAAGGCCCCUCUUAUCAACUUGCCGUGACGGAAUCCACGACUGAGAGUGAUGCUGUUUCUUCCGGAAACGACGCCGCCUUGUCCCCCACUUCAGUGCUCCGUUACGAGGAGUUUACGCCGUUCGAUGCGCUGGGCUGCGACUUCGGUUUCGACGUUGACUGGCCGUUAAGUUUCCCGGAUAUCGGAGUGUCGGGUAACAACUAUGGCGACGAAUUCGGCGAGUUUGACUUUGAUGACUUCAUCAAUGAUCUCAGAUGACGUGCGGCUGUCGGGAAUGGACGCUUGUGAUUGGUCCACAUAUGGAAAUGACGUGGCAAGUUGGCGGAAAUGCGCGCGGACUUGUUAAUAGUGUUGCGAGUGUGCUACUGUAUACAGCGAUUUUGUGGGAGAACAGUUUUGUUUUAGUUUAUUAUAAGUAGAUUUUAUUGUUGAUUGAGAAGCGUCAAAGUAUAAUGUAAUCUGUUGUAACUAAAAUUGUUAUUAAAAUCUGAUGAAAGAACUAAAGUCGUUAUUUAUAAA